UCUCUCAGUCCACUAACUCAUGCAGGGCAUAGGGUUACAACACAACCCAGCUUCUUGUGGUCUCACUUGAUAGACAAGCCUGGGGUGCACAGUAGCCAUCACAGGGGCCUCCAGUCUGUGCAGCUCUGGUCUACGUUCUCAGGAGGCCUGUUUUAUCUAGUGUGUGCACAAGGACUUAUGUACACAUACACCCAGUGUGUACACAGUACAGCCAGGGCUCAGCUUGGGAGAGAGGAUGGUCUAGAUUAGCUGUGAGGGUGCUGUGUGGAGUACACGACCUUGGUUCCCUCUGCACACCAAAAGGAUGCAAGUAUGUUGCGGAAAGCCAAAAGUUGGGCUUCUCUGCAGAUGGCAGAGGGGCGGAGAUGCCAGGUCCAACUUCUGGACGAUCGAAAGCUGGAAUUCCUAAUCCAGCCAAAAUUGCAGUCAUCAGACCUCCUGGACCUGGUUGCCUCCCAUUUCAACUUGAAGGAGAAGGAAUACUUUGGACUGGCUUACCAUGAUGAAACAAGACACCACUUGAACUGGCUGCAGGCAGACAGGCGGGUGUUGGAGCAUGAGUUCCCGAGGAGGGCUGGCACGCUCACCCUACAGUUCGCUGUCAGGUUUUACAUAGAGAGUAUAGCGUAUCUACGGGACCCAGUCACCAUAGAACUAUUCUUUUUACAAGCAAAGUCAUCCAUAUUCAAGGCUCAGCUAGAGGUAGACAGUGAAACGGCCUUCGAGUUGGCAGCUUAUGUGUUGCAGGCAACACAUGGAGACUAUACAAGUGAUGAAAAUGCCAGAAAUGACUUGAAGAAACUUCCAGUUCUACCUACCAGUGCUCUCAAGGAGCACCCUUCCCUUUCUUACUGUGAGGACAGGGUGAUAGCCCACUACAAGAAGUUUAAUGGCCAGAGCAGGGGCCAAGCAAUAGUCAAUUAUAUGUCCAUUGUGGAGAGCGUGCCCAACUAUGGAGUACACUACUACGAAGUAAAGGCAUGUUCAUCCCGGACCAGGAGAUACCAGGACAAGGGUGGGAUCCCGUGGUGGUUGGGGCUCAGCUACAAGGGUAUCGCUCAGUAUGACCACAGCGACAAGCUAACACCCAGGAAGAUUUUCCAGUGGAGACAGCUUGAAAAUCUGUACUUCAGAGAGAAGAAGUUCUCCAUCGAGGUUCACGAUCCACGCAGAGUGGUGCAUGCGCUCAGCACGUACAGUGUGUACGACGAUGCGCUCGCUGAGCCCCUGGAGGAGUUAGAUGACCUCACCGACGCCAUUUCAGACCCAUCGACACUGGUGUCUGUGAGCCGGCGUACGUUCAGCCCCAGCAGCACCACGGUGCACGCCUGGUACGCCUCGCCCAGCCUGAUCAGGUCCAUGUGGUCCAUGGCCAUCAGUCAGCACCAGUUCUACCUGGACAGGAAACAGAGCAAGGCGAGACUGCCCCACUGCCGCAGCCUGAGUGAGAUAGCAGCGGACCUGACAGACAACAGGACCUCUGUAGCCUCCCUGGUCCUCUCCUCUCCAUCAUCUGAACCUCCCAAGUCUGAACAGAUCACAGCCAGCUCCAGCUUUGGCAGCCUGCCCAGGACCAACAGUUUUUCCAGUGAUCAGUCGGAACCCCAGAAGCAACUGUGUCGGGAGAUGUACGCAGCACUACGGGCGAGGAAGGAGACCCUGGAGGAUCAGCUCAAGCUGAAGACAGAAGCACUCAAACAACUCUGCAUCAAGGAAGCGGAGAUCACAGGAGUGUUGUCCUCCGACAUCCCCCUGAAGCCAGGGGAGAGUCCACCCCAGAUCAGGAGGAGGGUGGGGACAGCAUUCACCUACUCCAGCAAGGUGGUGGAGGGGUCAGCAGGACAGGAGGCGGAGGCAGAUCUAGAGAGAAUAGAGCGUGAGUACGAGAUCCUGUCCAAAAUCACCAGUGCCGCCCUACGGCUCGCCAAUGACCCAAAUGUCGCCAAGAAGGUCCGCAAGAAGAGGAAGGAGUCUUACCAGAAGUCCCUGCAAAAGUUGAAAACCCUGGAGGCCGUUCUGAACCAUCUCAGGAAGCAGACAGGAAUGCCAGCCAAGAUGGCGCCGUACGCAGCAUUCAUAGAAGAUCUUGACCCCUCAGAUAGUAGUUCUGUUUCUGAUGUGAUAGAUGAUGACGAACAAUUCCCACCAACUCCUCCUGAGAUCAGAAGACCACCAAGGCCCGUUUCCCAUCAUGCAACGUCUUGCCCACCAUCCCCGCAGAAGCAGCUGAGGUCAGCGACCUCCACACCUUCCACUAUUCCCCGUCAACACUCGCGACAACUCAAGAUGACGCGAACAACUUCCAUGGAGUCUACAGGACCUAAGGAAACCCCCGUGAAGAAAUCCACAUGGAAACAGACUUCACUAGAUGACCCUGACCCCUUGUCUGCAAGGUCGAGUGGGUCAAGUUCAGGUUAUAGGUCACAGGGUCAUGACCUUCACACUAGUAUAUCCCAGCUGUCCUUGCAGCGGAUGAGCCACCAGGACAGCAGCCCCGACCUGCUGAGGCACAGCGUCCAUAACUCUGUACAUAGCUCGUACUCGGACUGGCAGAGGAACGAAGCCUUACGGGGAUACAUGCAAAAACACUCGUCUUCAAACAGCUCCCCGGAUCUGUCCCUCAAGUCCAGCGCCAGUAGUGGUUAUUUACCCGGACACAUGUACCGUGUACAGGGAUCCCCUGGCUUCAGCAGGGAGAGCAGUAGUUCAGAACUGUCGGAAAAGGCGUGGGUGCAGUCGCCAAUCUAUAGGAGAGGGUCGGUACACAGCGAUUCUAGUUCUCAGUGGGGAGAAGUGACCUCCCCAUCACAUUAUGGUGCGCCACGUUUGCAAACCAUCAAAUCACAGAGCUCGGAAAACGGCGACGACGUGACCGACAGGAGGUUGCGGAGGUCGUCUCGCUCCAGCUCUCAGAACUCGGAACACACAGUGUGAAGUCCCAGUAUGAACAUGUCCCCAGCACUCCCAGUACCCCGAACACAUGGUGGCAUGACUUUGAACAUGACUCGCCCCCUAGUCCUGAACUGCCACCCAGACUUGUCAGGUCGCUAUCGGAGUCGCACACAGACACCCUGCGGGACAGCUACAGCUUUGGGGAGGCAGAGGAAGGGUUGGCCGAGGCCUUCAGUGAGGAAAUGUUGCAGUGGAUCGAGGGACAGGAAUCCAUGAAGCCAGGAACGCUCGUAUGACAAUGAUGGUGCCGGCUGUGCUGUAUGAACACCUACAUGUACUGUUGCAGCUGGUUUGCAGCAAACUUCCCCAACAGUCCAGAAGAAAGCCCAGAGGAAGCCACCACCAGUCAACAAACCGAUAUGCAAAAAAUCCUACCCUGGUACUUUCAGGCCAUUCUUCAGGGAACCCACGUGUGGAACACCUUUGAUAUGCAUAUUGUCAUCAUCCCUUGUGCAAACCACACACCUUUGUGAGAACAGUUUUCAACAAGAUGUUGCACUUCACACGGAUGAGUUUGUAUGAUCUCAUCCCAUACCAGAAGAAUUUUAAAGAAAUAUUGGACAAAAAUUAUCACUAGUUGCUAUGGCAAGUUUUGUUUUAUAAACAAGAUGACCAUUUGUAAUAUUGAAAGCAAGCUAAGUCAUAGUAAAGUGCUUUUAUAUAUACCCAGUAUGUGCAAGUGGAAGAUGAUAUAUUCAGAUUACAAGAAGAGUUACCACUCUUGGUCAUAAAACUGAGCAUCAUGGGAAAUGAAUAUGUCUUACUCUAAGUGGCAGCCAUCUUUUUUGACAUUGUGAUGACACCAAGGUCAAAAUGCUUUCCACUGUUUUUAUGCUCGGACGACUAAUCUCAGUGGUAGAAUAUUUCUGUGAAGUAUUAUUAAGUGAUGUUACUGUGUAAAUAGGUGCUUUUGGAGAAAGAGGAACAGUAAAAAUGUUCCCUACCUCAGGACAGAAGACACUCAUGUAAAUACUUGUAAAUGUCAUUAGCAAUAAGGCAAGAAGUUUGUUUUUGUAUGGGGCUUACUCAGUCCAAUCAUGGCUAAGGUUACAGAUAGCAAUGCAUCUUCAUAGUGUGAUGUACCUGCAGUACUUGUAAGUAAAGAUCUUUACCCAAGAGAGUUUAGGGUAAAGUUUACUCUCCAUGCAGAGUUUAGGCUCCAGCUGUUUUUUUUACAUUUAUUAGUCAUUUUUAUCGGGUCACAAGAUAUCAACAAAGAGUACAAAAUAGGAAUCCUGAUAAAAACGACAAAAAAAAAAAACGUUUAAAAAACAGCCAGAGCCUAACCUCUGCUUGGAGAAUAGGUAAAGUUGCCAUUGCAACUAGCUCAGUGAUGCAACAUGCACAUUUCUUGUGGUAUGAAGCUGUAAAUGCCUUGAGGUGAAAAUGUAAUCAUUCUCCUUUUCUUACUCUUAGAGUUAGAACUAUUGAACUUUUGAAAGAUGCUGUCUAUGCAAAAGUCUGCUCAAUGGUAAUACUUGUCUGCUGUGUAAAGAACCUGUGCAUCAUGUGUAGAGCCUGUCCAAGUGCCAUGUUGUGUAGUGCCUGUUUGGGGUUACGUGUAAUCAAGCCACACCAGUUGACUGUGUGUUACAACAAGUACUCGUAAUGUGAAACUUAGGUGAAGCAAGUCUCAUUAUCUUGCAAGAGUAUGGGAAUAUAGUGAGGAAAAGUGCGGCACCUGGUGUGAUAUUCGGAGGAAAGGAGCUAUGUUUGUAUCAGCCAUAAAAUAAGUAAGCAAAAAACUAUCUAGUAAAGUGUGCAGUUUGUCUACUACAAUAUCCUAUAACAUGUUGUCCUUCUGUCUGUUUUGAAUCAGUCACCAUCUGUAAAAUGUGGCAAGUAAAUAUAUGUUCUUUCCUGGUUAUGAAACACCAGCAUUCUAACAGCAAAUAUCUGUACAUGUAUACUUUCUUACCAAAGUUGAACUGUUAGAUUUUUGGGAGUAACCUCAUAUAGAUAAAGGCAGAGCAAAGCACAUUUAUUUCAUACUCUCCCCUUCCCAUUAUAGAACUCAGCCAUGAAUAUCCUUGCCAUUGUUGUGUUCAACCCUGUGACCAACACAUAUUUCAAAUGAAUUCUGCAUUUUGUACAUAAUUUGAAAAAAUUGUAACUAGUAAGACCCUGCAUGUAGGACUGAGGUUUUGUGUCCACGAGGAAUGUUUUAGACCUCAGACUUUAAAGGAGUACAUUCUGAUAUUGGAUUAUUUGCUGAGUUCAGUCUGUGUGUUGUAUCAUGGAAUAUACUCAGUGCCCAUGGACAAUUCAACUUCAAACUGAACAUCACCUAUUGUUAAAUCAGACUACUGUAGAUAUUUAAAAGAAUAUAUGUUUGGGGGAACUACAAGGUUUUUGCUCAUGCCCACAUGUCUUCAUUAUGAAGCAUACCAAGAGUGUGUUUCCAGGAAUUGUUCGGGUUAUAGAGAAACCUCUUGUUGCUUUGUGUUGUUUGAAAUUGUCUCUAUAGAAUGCCUUGUCCCAUUAUGGUGCCACACUCUUACUGAGAUCUUCAUUACCACAAGGUGCAAUUUUCACUGCAGUUUUUCACACUUGUAAUAAUAAAUAGUUGCAGAAACAA